AUGUGGGCUUGUUUAAAUAAAAAUUGUCCUUGUCUUCCAUUUCGAAAUUCACAACCACCAUUUGACCAUUAUUCUUAUGACGACGAGGAUAACAGAGAAUUUGAAAGCUUGCUGGCGGAACAAAAUCCUGAAUCUAUAGCAGCGUUUCUUUCACGUACUCCAUUUCAGAGGCCUGGUGCUGGUGGUUCAGAAUAUGUAAGAAUUGAUAACAUGGUACCACCUAAUGAAGAAACCUUAGCCUCGACAAAUAAUUUAUUGGACGAUGAAGAUAACUUACAAACUCAGGAUGCGGUGUUUUUGCCUGAUGAGCAAAUUAGUAAAUUUACAGAAUUAGUAGUUAAUGAACAGACCAAAUAUGAUCAAGCAACCGAUGCACAAUUAGCUGCGGAAGAAGAGGAGGCUAGGCGUUUAGAGGAAGAAGAAAUUGAAAGAAAACGUCGAGCAGCUACGGAAGUAGCGCUUGCUAAAGGAACCGCAUAUUCUGUGAAUUUAGAUGAGUCUUCAGUUGAAUUAUCUACCACUGAAAGUCAAAGGAAUACAUCUAUUUAUGAGGAGGAACAUAAUUCAUCAUUGAAUAAACCUCGUAAUCCACAUGAAAGAUUUGUAACAAGUGAAGUAAAUGAAGAUGAUUAUGAAACGGACUUUGAUGACUUGCCGCCCACCAAUUCCAAAGAUCAAGCUACAAUCGACGACCCUCUAACUCGUUCAGUCGCCACUACUCAACAAGGAGCAUAA